ACGCAGCCCGGAACCCUUGAUUGACAUAGACAUAUGACACAUCCCAGCUGAAACGAAAUGCCAGAGCAACAGAGCUCUGCAAGAAGAGAUCGAUCGGCCUCGUCCGAGCUCUCGGAUGCCCCGAUCCCUUCAUCAAAAUCUUCGUCAAAGAAACCGGAACAGAUUCUCGUCUCGGACAGUACUCAAGCCUACGUGGCCAAGCCAGCGGCCAAAAAGACUGCAGCGGGAGGCAAGGCUUCAUCAUCGAAACAAACCAAUGGCAAGGAUGUCAAGCAGAGUAACGGGAGCAGUUCAAAAAGGGCGAGCACGGUCGUAGCUCGGAGCAGGGUGUUUUGGGGCAGAAAGGCUCAGGUGGAUUGCGAUUACGAGGUCGAAGGACCGAUCAAGGACGAUUGGCAGGUAGCCUACGUCUGGGCUUUCCUGAUCAAGUUUCGACGCGAUAAUGUCCCAGCGGACGCCGAGAGAUUUCAGAAGACGAACGUCGUCACGGAACUCAAGACGGUCGAUGAGUUCGAGACAUCACUGAGGAGCGAAGUGCCAGACGAAGGAUUGACCGAGGCGCUUGUGGUGCUGGUGAGGCCGCUGUGGAGGGCAAUGGCGGACGCGUUGGAGGACAAGGAGAAGAAAGACCUUUUGAGGCGGAAAGGAGCCAAGGCUAAGCACACGCCUUCCAAAGCACUACUCGGAUUACGGGAAGCUAUCAACCGGGACAACAUCAUCGACAAGCUAUCACAUCUGAUUGACGAUCGCCUGAAACCGGGAUGUCCCCUGAGCGUCUUUGACGCGUACAUCUUUUCCAAGACGGAACACUAUGACACAGAGGAAUCCGCCAAAGAGGCCGACAUAUUGGCGGCCAAGGAUGUCAACACGCUCGAGUACCGCGAGAUGAAGGAGAACGACCCUCUUUCCGAUAGGUCCGAGAACAAUCCUCUCCGUUCGCAAGGUUUCUGGACAUCGCCGUGGUCGGUCAAAAUCAAGAUCAUGAGGCAACUCGUCGACUGGAAUCUCUCGGAUACGGAUGUGCACGAUAUCAUCACCCACACUCGGGCCAAGGGGAAAGUGCCAACGCCGUAUGAUAUCAACAGGGCGGACAAGGGUAGCGAGCAGCAGCAUUGGCAGGUGAUCGAAGACACAUGGAGGGUUUACGGUAUCAAGAAGCCAUUGCAAAUUCAUGGCUCGACCAUUACAUGUGCUUCGACGAAAGAAGAGUACUAUGAUCUCAUGAACAGGCAUCUUGCCAAAGAACAAAAGUUGCCUGACAUGAAGAAGGAACAGGCUCUCGCGUCCUCGAAAACAAAAGCCGUUCAGCUGCGGAAUGCUGCUAUCCUCGCUGAGCGAGACGUCGACUUUGGGAAAUUCCUGCAGGGCAGAGUAGAAGGGAUUGAGGCCAAGUUCGAGGAAAUCGAGAGACAGCGUGAAGCGUUGAUAUUGAAAAAGGCAAAGGCGGCGGAGCGGGAAGCUAGGGAAGCUCGACGGAUCGCAUCGCUACCGAUCAUCACCAAGUACGGGCGGGCGACACGAAGUAGGACUAAAGUGAAUUAUUCCGAGCAAAACGACGAGGUUGAUGACGACGAUGACGGCAAGAUCGAGUACCGUUCGAGGCGAGACACGAAUGGAGACAAUUCCGACGCUGGAGACUACCGUUCUUCGUCUGCUGAAGCCGAAGCACCAGCUCACGGCCGGAACACUCGAAACAGCCGCACGAGCGCUCUCACGGCCGCACACGGCUACGCUACUCGAGGAACGACGGCGUCAACUUUCGGUGACGUCGAUGGUGAUGCCAGUCGUGCGGCUACUGAAUCGGCGAACGAGGACGAGGAAGCUAUGCAAGAGGACGACGCUUCCGAUAUCGAGGAGAUUUCGGACGGAGACGGCCGCAAGAGACGGCAUAGCGACGUGGACCACGACGAAGAGGAUGAACCCGCAACGAAGAAAAUUCAUCUGGAUGACCAAGACGACGAGCCCGAGGAGGAAUGAGGAAUGUAGUUACGAACAACCUGCACUGUAUGCUCAAAUCGCAUUUGCUGUCCACCAUAUAUGUCUCCAUCAUUCGGGUACUAAACCGCUUCCGCGUGCCUUGCUAGUCCUCUCUGGAUGUGCAUCGGCUUGCCGUUGUAUCUCGAUCUGGAGAAUUCUAAUCCACUUGUCUCGCUCCAGCUAUAUAACAAAGAGCAGGUCAAUAAUGUACACGUGAUUAAUCCGAGCACUGAGCGUACCUUUGAUCUCGCUCGGAAAAGUA